UAGUAAUAGGCGAAUUCAAGAGAAGCAGCCACGCCCAAAAUUCGCUGUUGAUUUGGUAUCGGAAGCUCUAAGAACGUGCCAUCCAAAAACAAAGAAACAACCUCCAACUGUCUUACGCUCCACUUUACAGUUACACCAUCUCCGCUUUUCUCCACCCAUUCAAACUUCAAACUCGCCGGAAAACCCACCGACGAAUUCGAUCGACUCAUUCUUCAUCGGACCAAAUCUUUUCACUUCCCCAAUCGAAAAUGGGUUCUGUUGAUUUGGGUGUGUGCGGCCAUGGUUGAUCAUUGUGGCGAUUAAGAUGAGUGGUUCUAAAGAUCGUCAGAAAUGGGGAUGUUGCAGAGUUAGGGAUUGCUUUCGCCAUGGAUGCGGUUCCUGGGUCGGUGGGUACUGGUGCUAGUUUCUCUUUGAGAUUGGGGCAGACUGUGUUCUCCUCUGCCUCGCUUCUUUUCAUGUCAGUGGGUGUUGAGUUCUACAGCUACACUGCUUUCUGCUACCUUGUAACAGUGAUGGGUUUGGUCAUACCCUGGAGCUUCACUUUGGCAUUGGUUGAUGGCUACUCUGUUCUCGUAAAAUGUCCUCUUCGGCAGCCCGGAAUACUUGCGAUCAUCGUUGUUGGAGAUUGGGUCCUGUCUCUUCUCACGUUAGCUGCUGCUUGCUCGACAGCAAGUGUCGUCGAUAUUCUUCUUCACUCGGACAGUUCGUAUUGCCCAUCAAAGCUCUGCAGGAGAUAUCAAAUAUCUGCGGCCAUGGCUUUCUUUUCGUGGUUUUUGUCUUUUGCUUCUUCCCUUUUCAAUCUUUGGUUACUUCCAUCCUUAUAAUCUCUAGGUUUUAUGACUCCCAAGUUCUAAUUUGCAGAAGCUUUUGGUUUUCUUUUUUUUCUCUAACAAAUGUUCAAUAUCUAUAGACUUUACACAUUUUGUUUUGAAGUAGAAAUUUGUACACUUAUAUUGUUCAAUUUAAA